AUGACGGACUAUAACUACCCUCAAUCUCCAACCAUGUCACAAGAUCGACAUAUGGGCUCCAUGGCGGCUGCUCUCAGAAUGAAACUUGAGGGACUGCCUCAACUCAACAUGCACAACCUCAGUGUUCAUCAUGCACAGCAAAAACGCCUCUCACUUGAACCCAACUCUGCAAGCUCAUCUCGCUCAGCACACUCUUUCAGUUCUCAACAAUCCGACGAUACUGAUGCCACAGAUAUGACCGUCACCCCCAACCGAUCCAGGGCAAGCACUUUUGACAACGCCGAGAGAAUUACCUCGCCUUUGGUACAAACAGUACAAUGUAAACCGCCCUUGAGAGUCGUCCUCGGCACAGCCUCAGUCGGCUCCAAAUUGUCCCCUCUGGCCAAGAUCACAACUGUUGAAGACGCCUCAAAGUUUGUGUCACUCUUCCGUUCAAGAGGUUAUGCAGAUAUCGACACCGCUCGUGCAUAUCCAGUUGGGCGGGGUGGCACUUGUGAGAAAUUGCUGGGUGAGGAGGAGCUGCGAUUAGGCAAAUGGGCCAACGUGUCAACCAAGGUAUCCAGUUUUAUGCCUGGAUCUCAUCGUGCUAAAAACAUCGCCAUGAGCAUUGAUCGAUCCUUAGAGGCUCUCCACACCGAUGCAGUGGAUGUCAUGUAUCUGCAUGCCCCUGACCGAGCCACACCUUUCAAGGAGACUUGCGAAGCUAUGAACAAGGCUUACCUGGAAGGCAAGUUCGAACGAUUCGGUCUGUCAAACUACUCCGUCGAGGAAGUCGAAGCUGUUGUCAAGGUAUGCGAGGAGAAUGGCUUCGUGAAGCCUUCUGUCUAUCAGGGACAAUACAAUCCCAUCUGCCGUGGUGGCGAAGAACGGUUGUUCGAGGUUCUUCGGGAACACAACAUUGCCUUCUAUGCUUAUAGCCCCUCGGCAUGUGGCUUUUUCUCCAACAAAGUGUCACGAGCUUCCACCAAGGACAAGAACAGCCGGUGGAACAUCGCCUCGCCUCUCGGUGCCAAAUAUGCUGGCGAUUAUUUCCACGACCCUCUCUUCGCGGCUGCAGAACUGGUCCGACAACAAGCCAGGAAGUACGGCAUCUCAGGCCAUGCUGCCGCCCUUCGAUGGACAACAUGGCACUCUCAACUGGGUGCCGAGUAUGGCGAUGCCGUCAUCGUUGGUGCCUCCAGAAUCUCUCAACUUCAAGAAAACAUGGAUAUCCUUGAACACGGUCCCUUGCCCGAGCCCCUUGUGGAAACUCUCAACAACAUUUGGGAGGACGUCCGCGCAUUCGAAAAGGGCCCUCGCUUUUCUUUUGUUUAA